AAAACCUGAGAAAAUAUAGUGUAUAGUGCUAGAAGUACAGAAUUCAAAAUCACAAAAAAGUGAUUACAAAAUAGAUCGAAUCGCCCAAAAAAUGAAGCUAAGACUCUUGCGCUGUUUGCGCCAAUCGAAGCACCAUCAGGCGAAAGACGAGUCUCAGACUCAAUCAGCGAACCACAAUAUGGAGCGUCAACUGAAAGGAUUGCAGGCCCACUUCAAGGAGACGGUCAAGAUUCUGCUCCUCGGCACAGCUGAAUCCGGCAAGACGACUAUCAUCAAGCAGAUGCGCAUAUUGCACAUCAAUGGCUUUACUGACGAUGAACGUCGCGAGAAAAUACCAGAGAUAUAUCAGAAUAUACACGACUCCAUCAUCCAGCUGGUGAGACAAAUGAGCAUUCUGGGUCUACGAUUCGGGAGCUGUACCAGCGAGAAGAGUGCUGCCUAUAUCCUCUCUCUAGAGAGCGAAGCGCCCGAGUAUAUGAAUGAGGAAUACUGCGAUCAUGUCAUGACAUUGUGGAAUGAUGUGGGCAUACGCGCUUGCUACGAUCGCUCCAAUGAGUUCCCACUGCUGGAUAGUGCCAAAUAUUUUCUCGACAAUUUUGCACGCAUUUGCGAUGUCGCCUACAUACCCAGUACGGAGGAUAUCCUGCAUAGUCGGAAGAUUACGACAGGCAUCUCACAAAUAUCCUUCCGCGUACAAAUCCCAAAGAGCUUGGGCGGCGGCGAGCAGGAGUUUCGCAUGUAUGACGUAGGCGGUCAGCGGGAUCAGCGGAAUAAGUGGAUUCAGGUGUUUGAAGGCAUACAGGCCGUCCUCUUUCUGAUCUCAUGCAGCGAAUUCGAUCAGAAUUUGCGUGAGGACUCCACACAAAAUCGUCUGCAGGAGGCUCUCAAGCUGUUUCGUGCCGUCUGGCAAAAUCGUUUCCUCUCCUCCGCUGGUCUUAUUGUCUUCCUCAACAAGUACGACAUUAUGGAACGCAAGAUACGCGCCGGCAAGCAUAUUGUCGACUACUUUCCCGAGUUCGAGGAUUUCUGCAAGCGACCGCAGCAGGACAAUUGCUUCGAUGAGUGCGAUUGGACGAAGAUGUUUAUCAAGCAAAAGCUAAUCGAUAUUACACAGGAACCUUUUAAACGCACCUCGCGCCACCGCCAUGUCGACUAUACGCAGAGGGAGUGCUACUAUCACUUCACCGUAGCCACAGAUACGCGCUGCAUUCGCGACGUUUUCAGUGAUGUCCAACAGAUGAUCCUGACGGAUAAUUUAGCCGCCAGUUCUCUGCUGUGAGACGCUUAUAUUGUGUUUGGCCCUCCCGCCCCUCACAAAUGAUUUUCCUUUAAAAGCUGUGAUCUAAUUGCUAGGCUAUAUUUUGAGUUGUUAAGUUGUUUGAGCGAAAAUAAUUUAAGAGUUUAGAGUAUAGAGCUAUUCUUAGAAUUAUGUAUAACCAUCGU